GUACACUUACUACUUAGUUUCGUUUGUGAACCAUAUUAUUGUUGUGUUGUUUCUGUCCCUAAUUUGGUAUUUUUAACCGAUUUGUGAUUAUUGUUCUGUGAAUACUUAUUUCAUUACUACUUUAGGUUAACAAGAAUGGAAGCGGGUGACACCGGAAGUUCCCACGCGCUCCUUAAUACUGGGACCCAACUGGCCGAACUGUUGGUUGCAGACUCUCCUGCUUCCACGUUGUCUGCACACGUAGCCGGCAGUUGUUCUCGUCGACGUUCGCGACCUUGUUCUAAAACGUCAUCGAUGGCGUCCGUCGCAAUAUCUUCUGACAUACCCGAAGGUGAACGGGUAAUUCUAAUGCACCGGUACCUGCAAGAAAACCUGCAACUGGCCAGAAAAAUACUUGACCUCCGAGCGCGGCUGGCCAUGCGCCCGGAAAUGAUUUCAAAAUUAAUUGAAUUAGAACAUGAACAGAAUCAUGCCCCGGCUCCAGUGAAGUCCUGGUCAGGACCUACGUGUGCGAAUCCUGGUACAGCAAUACAAGAUUUGACAUCGAAUGCCGGUUCCGAAAAUACGCCAUAUAUUCAGGAUAGCUCUUGGUCUUCGGAUUACUCAUUAGCCUUAACACUUUCCGACUUUAUUACGUUCCCUAAUAAUAACGAUGUUGUUGGGCCGAAUAUUUUACUGUAAAUACUAAAAACAAUUAUUGCCCUGUGCCUUUUUAUGUUUCUUGAAUAAGUACUGAAUUUCUAAUUUUCGAUAUUUUAGUACUGCCCAAAUCUGUGUUUAUGAAUGCCGCAAUAUGAACUGGACGCUUCUUACUCUAAUUGAUUUGCGGUGUUUCGGUUACCGGUACAUUGUUUUUGCAGUACAUUGGUUAUUCGAUGCAUACGACUCUGGUGAGCCUAUUUGUUAAAAAAUGCAAAACAUGGCUUGGAAAAAAAUUGCUU